CUUAGCAAUGGGCUAACAAAAAAAAUCGACCGGGUCAGUAUUUCAUGUUUGUGUAUUGUUUUAUUACACCGUAAUGACCGGUAACUUGAUCAAGUUAUUUGGUUUUUAUUGUUAUAACUGUUAGUUUUUAGCUAGUUCGUGAUAGAAGAAAAGAUCCCCCGUGUUCUGUGGUGCAGUUCUAUCGUAGUAGUGACGCAGAGGUCUAUAGAUGAAGCCAGGGAGUUUCACACGAUUCCCAGGAACAAACACCAUCAGGAGUACUUUUCUCUUGUCUCGUGAAUAUGUUGAGGUGUUUUCUUCUGCUCUGGAUCUUGCUGAGGCGUGCAGACUCCUUUAGCGUCACAGUACCCUCCAGUCCUAUACUCGUGGACCGUGGAGCCACAGCUCUUCUUUCCUGUGAAUUUGAACCAGACCCUAACAUCUCUGAUUUGGUGAUCACAUGGCAACGGCAGGAAGACUCACGUGUGGUCCACAGCUUCUACUAUGAGAGAGACCAGCUUGAGCGACAAAGCUCAGAAUAUUUAGACCGGACGAAGUUAAAUCGAGAGGGACUUGCUGAAGGAAAUGCAUCCCUGAGUAUAGUCAAUAUUGGACUGAAGGAUGCAGGGAAAUACAUAUGCUUAGUGAGUAACAACAAGGGAACUGACAGAGGAGUGGUGCAGUUGGUUUACACGGCUUUCUAUUCUGAGCCAAGGUUAAGCAUCCAUCUCCAAUCUACCAAUGUAACUGUCCAAUAUGAGACAGAGGGCUACCCGAGGCCAGAGGUCAUGUGGCUGGGGUCAGAAGGUCAGAAUCUCACUGACGACCUGGAAGUUUCAUCUGCAUCAGACGGUGGACUGUACUAUUUAAAAAGCAGCUACAUAACCCAGAAUCCAGUGUUCAGUGUCACAUUUACUCUGAAAAACCCUGCUACACAUCAGGAGCUACAGAGGCAUGUUAACCUCAGCUACGAUGGGAACACCAGCUCCAGUCAAUCAGUCGUGGUUCUGUCUGUAUUGUGUGUUCUCCUCCUGUGCUCGACGGUUCUGCUGCUGUGGUUAUACUGUCGUGACAGGAAUCCCAGAUGAAUUACUGGAAAUUGCGUGCCUGUGCUGAGCACCAGCUACUCAAAGUACCCCCAGCAUCAUUUUUGGGGCAUUCAUUUUUAUAUUAAAUUAAUACUGCUGCUCUUCUUGACUUUAUGUAAUCCAUCCAGAUUUUGGAGAGACGCACAAGAAGUCAUUCAAGUUGAAGGGUGUGAUUUUAGUUGAUUUUUAAUCAUUCUUUUCACUUUUUUGUCCUAGUUUCUUCACGAGCAACUAUCCCGAGUCAUUUUCAGGCUUUUUAGAGCAGAAUGAGAAUACUAUAAUUAGAAUGUUUUACAAAAAAUUCAUGGCUACUUUUGAAUUUGCCUUUUAUGGAAAAAGUGACAUCAACUGUAACUUGACUAUGCUAACACUAGCAUGAAUUUAAGGCAGAACUAUUAAUCUUUUUUCUUCUGUUUGACACAUUAACUGGAAGUGUAUUUUAAAACAUUUAAGACAAACAACUCAUGGUGUGGACCCACCUGCUAAUUUUUUUAAUUAUUAUUAUUAUGCAUAGCCUUGCUGGAGAGGUUUCCUUAAACUGUAGCAUUAAUGCUAACAAGAUAAAAUGAGCUAUUUAUUUUUAUAAAAACAUCUUCAGUUAUCUUUAACAAUAAUAAU